AUGUCUUCCAGCCCAAUCCUCCGUCAGGUUGGCCAGAACGGGCCUCGUAUUCCCGCUGUUGGAUUUGGUCUUAUGGGCCUCAGCAUCGCAUAUGGUCCUGUUGGAACCGACGAGGAGCGCCUCAAAGUCCUAGACCGAGCGUGGGAGCUUGGCUGCACAAACUGGGAUACUUCUAAUGCAUAUGGCGACAGCGAGGUGCUUGUUGGAAAGUGGUUCAAGCUCCACCCGGAGCGUCGCAAGGACAUCUUCCUCGCCACCAAAUUCGGGAUCACCGUGGAUGGUUCUGGAAUGAAACUAGACUCCUCCCCGGAGCAUUGCAAGGCAUGCAUCGAGAAAAGUCUCGAGCGUUUGGGUGUUGAGUACGUCGACCUGUACUACCUACACCGGGUCAACACGGAGGUGCCCAUCGAGAAAACGGUCAAGGCAAUGAGUGAGCUUGUGAAAGAGGGAAAAGUCAAGCUGCUGGGUCUGUCCGAGAUCUCGUCGUCAACUCUUCGACGAGCCCAUGCUAUUCACCCGAUUGCAGCCGUCCAGGUUGAAUACAGCCCCUGGACGCUGGAUAUCGAGGGCCCCAGCGGCACAUAUCUCCUAAACACCUGCAAGGAACUGGGCGUAUCCAUAUUCGCAUACUCCCCUCUGGGCAGGGGCAUCAUGACGGGCCGCGUCCGAUCCGCGGCUGACUUUGGCCCUGACGACUUCCGCAGCCGCUUGGAGCGGUUCCAGGGCGAGAACUUCCAGAAGAACCUCGACCUCGUCGACAAGUUUGGAGAUCUUGCCAAGAGCAAGGGAUACGCGGCGAGCCAGAUGGCGUUGGCGUGGCUGACGGCGCAGAGCGACCUUGUCUUCGUCAUCCCGGGGACGAAGAGCAUCAAGUAUCUGGAGGAGAAUUGGGGUGCGGCUGGCGUAAAGCUGACGGAGAAGGAAGAGCAGGAUGUCCGCAGGUUCGUGGAGGACGCCGACCUGAACGGUACCCGGGGGGCACUUUUGGGUCAUUACCUUGAUACUGCGCCUCUGAAUGAGUAG